GAGUACAUGUCACCCUCACAAUCGACGGUUGACAAGGAAAGGGAAGGGCCGACCCUCCCCUCGCAGUCCCAGUCCCAGUCCCAGUCGCAGUCCCAGACCCAGUCCCGUCUGGCUGCGGAGCAACCGUACCCACAUCAUUUUCCAUCCCAUCCAUCAGUCACAUCAUUUCAUGGGAACCACCAAACGCAAGCGAUAGCUUGAUGUAAUCGAUUGCAAAUUUGCAAUUUGCAAGAGCAGAGAGGACGACGAAGUGAGAAGCUCGUAGUGAAUCUCUUCCCCCACCCCCCCUUUCUCUCCCUUCUCUCUCUGCUUGCUUUCUUUGUUGUCCUAUUGGAAUUCUGGAGUUUGUAGGAGGAUUCUCUCUCCCUCUCUCUCUUUCUCUUCCGUCGUGCUUUUUGGAAAAAAAAAAGAAAAGAAAAGGAAAUCGGGAUGGGCCCAGCUCCACUCCCUCUUCCUUCAUAAUGAAUGACGGCAAGGCAAUGCAAAUGCAAAUGCAUGAAAGAAACCAGAUUGAUCGAGUAAGGGGAGUGAAAUAAUAUAUAUCUAUAUCUAUAUCUAUAUAUCAUCAGCUAGGGAUGAAUAACUCAGCGGCGGCUGCUCUCAUCUCUUAGUCUUAGUAGGCGGUGGCCGCUCUCAUCUGUUGCUCUCUCUCUCUCUCUCUCUCUGUCCGUGUGCAGCCACCGCUGAGCCUCUCUCUUCCUCGCGAUCGACUCUUGUUUGUGAAUCAUAAAUAAACCAUUAAUCAUGGGUUGCUCCCUCAUGCUCGUCUGCCUCUGUUUCAACUUCUACAUCUAUCCUCUCCUUUCCUCCUCCUCCUCCUCCUCCGCUUCUGCCGCCGCCUCAGCCUCAGCCUCAGCCACAGUCUCAGGUCUUCAGAGUGAGGUUGAUAGUAUUAGUGGCAGUCUAUAUCCAGAGAUCCUCAGGGACGAGGCUGUCUCCAGACUUUACCAGCUCGGAAAGGUCAGUGAUGCGGAAGAUUAUCUUGAGAGGACAUUCAUGAGCCCAGCUGCUGUUAGAGCUGGGUAUCUUAUCCGCAUCUGGAUGGAGGAUGCUGGUUUGCGAACAUGGAUUGACCACAUGGGCAAUGUACAUGGUCGGGUGGAUGGUUUGAACCCCAGUUCAAAAGCACUCCUUAUUGGUUCGCACCUGGAUACGGUUGUCGAUGCUGGAUUCUUUGAUGGGUCAUUAGGUAUAGUUUCAGCAAUAGCAGCGCUAAAGGCUCUUAGAGUUGGUGGAACAUUGGGCAGACUAGUCCGGCCAGUAGAGGUAAUUGCAUUUAGUGAUGAGGAAGGAGUAAGAUUCCAGUCCACUUUUAUCGGAAGUGCUGCUGUUGCCGGAAUUUUGCCUGAUUCUGCAUUGCAAUAUUCAGAUAAAAGUGGUGCUACGGUGCAAGAGGUUCUGCAGAGGAACUCAUUACAAGCGACGAAGGAGAAUUUGCAUCAGCUCAAGUAUGAUCCAGAUUCUGUUUGGGGUUAUGCGGAGGUUCAUAUUGAACAAGGACCUGUGCUUGAACGGGUAGGUAUGCCUCUUGGUGUAGUGAAGGGAAUUGCUGGACAGACGAGGCUAAAGGUAACUGUGCGAGGGUCACAAGGGCAUGCUGGGACAGUUCCAAUGUCCAUGCGCCAUGAUCCCAUGGUAGCUGCUGCUGAACUUAUUGUACUUCUCGAAAACGUGUGCAAACAUCCCGAGGACUUCCUGUCUUUCGAUGACCAUUGCAAGGACUCCAGUGUCCAAUCACUUUCAGGUUCCCUUGUUUGUACUGUUGGGGAGAUAUCUCCCUGGCCUAGUGCAAGUAAUGUUAUUCCAGGCCAGGUAGUCUUUACUGUGGACAUACGUGCAAUGGAUGAUAUGGGACGUGAAGCUGUAAUAUAUGAAUUUUCUAGCAGGAUGUACCAAAUCUGUGACAGGCGUUCCGUUUCAUGUAACCUUGAGCGCAAGCAUAACGCAGGUGCUGUUAUGUGCGACCCCGAGUUGAGCACACAACUGAAAUCUGCAGCGCACUCUGCACUGAGGAAGAUGACAAAUGAAUUGGACAGUGAAGUUCCUGUUCUGAUGAGCGGAGCAGGACACGAUGCAAUGGCAAUAUCACAUCUUACAAAGGUGGGGAUGAUAUUUGUUCGGUGCCGUGGAGGCAUAAGUCACUCCCCGAAGGAACAUGUAUUGGAUGAUGAUGUUUGGGCUGCUGGUCUUGCAGUCUUGGCGUUCCUGGAGACCCACAUGUAAUGUGAAACUCAUCGACUUUGAACCAAAAUUGUACAGUAGACUCAUUAUGCCAGUAUAAUUUAUUCCAUUGACAAUUCGAUCCUACGCACUCUCUCUUGCCAUCA